AUGUUAAGGUUAAGCAUUCACAUCUGUCAUUACUACGUUGAUCCUAACCAGGGAUGUCCAUUUGAUGCUCUCCAAGUCUACUGCAAUUUCACUGCUGGUGGUUUAACCUGCCUGUCCCCUGUUCAGUCUGAAGUUUCAGGAAUAUGGCCAUCAGAUGACAGAUCUAAGAAGUGGUUUAGUGAACUUCAAAGAGGCAUCAGGUUUGAGUACAAAGACCUCUAUAUUGUCCAACUGCGAUUUUUGGGAUUGCACAGCAACUCUGCUACACAAAGCAUCAGGCUUACAUGUCCCAAACGCAACAGGACCACAGCUGAACAUGAGGCUCAAACCAAGAGGAUAUUGCACUUACGAGGAAACUUCAAAGAAGAAAUUGAUCCAUCUCACAUCAUCGUAUCGAAACAUGGCUGUGAGGUAGAAAUGCAGGUGAAGAUUGUGUGUGGUUCAGAGCCCCACAGGAGAGACAUGAAACUUCCCAUAAGAGAGGUUUCUGUGGAUGGCGGAAAGGAGAAAUGGGACGGGGAUGUAAGCUUCGUUCUAGGACCGUUAUGUUUUUUAUAG